UUCAAUGGAGCUUCCAUGGAAGAGAUGUCUGGCGAGACGGUGGUCAGCACGGCGGUCCCGGCAGCCGCGACCCGCACCACCUCCUUCAAAGGCGCCAGCCCCAGCUCCAAGUACGUGAAGCUGAACAUCGGCGGGGCCCUCUACUACACCACCAUGCAGACCCUGACCAAGCAGGACACCAUGCUCAAGGCCAUGUUCAGCGGCCGGAUGGAGGUCCUCACCGACAGUGAAGGGUGGAUCCUGAUCGACCGAUGCGGGAAGCAUUUUGGGACCAUCCUGAACUACCUGCGCGAUGGAGCCGUCCCUCUUCCGGAGAGCCGGAGGGAAAUCGAAGAGCUGCUGGCUGAGGCCAAGUAUUACCUCGUCCAAGGUCUGGUGGACGAGUGCCAGGCGGCCUUACAGCAGAAUAAAGAGGUCUACGAGCCCUUCUGCAAGGUGCCCAUCAUCACGUCCUCCAAGGAAGAGCAAAAGCUUAUCGCCACGUCGAACAAGCCGGCCGUGAAGCUCCUGUACAACAGAAGCAACAAUAAGUACUCCUACACGAGCAAUUCGGACGACAACAUGCUGAAGAACAUCGAACUGUUUGACAAGCUCUCCCUGCGGUUCAACGGCCGCGUCCUCUUCAUCAAGGACGUGAUUGGGGACGAGAUCUGCUGCUGGUCGUUCUACGGACAGGGGCGCAAAAUCGCCGAGGUCUGCUGCACGUCUAUCGUCUACGCCACCGAGAAGAAACAGACCAAGGUUGAAUUCCCCGAAGCCCGGAUCUACGAGGAGACGCUGAACAUCCUGCUUUACGAAGCCCAGGACGGGCGAGGCCCCGACAACGCCCUGCUGGAAGCGACCGGCGGGGCGGCCGGCCGCUCCCACCACCUGGACGAGGACGAAGAGCGGGAGCGCAUCGAGCGGGUCCGCAGGAUCCACAUCAAGCGCCCCGACGACCGCGCUCACCUCCACCAGUGAAGCUGGGAGGGCUCCACCUCCCGCCUGCGAAACCUCCGUCCGGACGCACUCCCGCCUGCUACCAGGCCCCUGACUUAUAUUCCAGUGAGGUCUACGGACUGUCCUUUUUUAAAAAAAGAAAGUGAAUUAGGUUAUUUUGGGUAUUUAACAAAAGAAGUUUAAAAAAAAACAACGAAAAUCAGUGAAGGGUCCUGCUUCGGGGGGGGAGACCCGACUGACUCCUCGAGGGAUGUCGUGUGUCUUUGUUUAGAACCCCUUUCUAAUCCAGCUCUCUUGGGGUUAGAGAACGGCCCUCCUCCCGCUAGGCAAAUAUUUAACUCCUGUGUUUUUCAGUGCGUAGAGAAGUUUCUUUUCUUGGAUGGGGUGGGGAUUGGACAUAAAGGUCCUCGAAUCCCGCAGCAACCAAGGUUUGUCCCCUUGCUUGCUGGAGAGGUUCUGGGGAGCCCCGGUCCACCAGAGAGAGACCUCUCCCAACCCCACCUCUGACCCAGGGGACGAUGGCGGCCACCCUCGUUGCCUCGCUCGCAUCCCGGCUUCAGGAAGGAGCUUGCCUUCACGACCAGCUGGUUGCGUUUCCUUCGGAACAUCAUCAUAUGUGAGAUGAGUUGUAUUUCCAGUCACGUGUUUGUUUCUCGGUGGUCGUGUUGGAAGAGGGGUGGGAACACAAAGGGCUUCCUCUCAGCCUCUGUCUGAGUAGAUCUUGUUUUUAUAAAGAGCCUUUUGGCGGCUGGGGCUGGACCAGAAUCCCUGGGUAAAGCUUACGCACAAGGAGCUACGGAGAGACCUAGAUUCCCCCAUCCCUUUUUAGUGGGUAGGAGAGAAAGAGUUCUUCCGAACUACCGGGGAAUAUUUAGCACCGUGUUGCCUUACCUUUCCUCCCCCCCCAUCCCAAAUUAAUCAUUGUCCACUCCGUCACCCUGUUUGCCCCCUCCUUUUAAGCCGGCUUGCCCUUCUCGAUGGCCAGGGCCUCUAUCCCUGAGCCAGGGUGUCCAUUCCAUGACAGCACGGGUGUAGGUUAAUGGAGGAGCUGCGCCUGGCUGUGGGUCCCCUUUUGAAAGGUAGUGGGGGGGGAAUCUCGCACUAGGAGGGGCAACCUUCCAUCUACGGCUUCCUCCUCUUCCCUGCUCAUUGCAACAGGCCCACACCUCUUGGGAGGGCAGUGGGUGAUUUAUUUAAUUUUUUGGACUGAAACUUGCAGAAUCUUGGCUGGGAGAUGGUAGGGAUUUUAUUCUGACGUUAGUUUUUCCACUCUGCCGGUCAAACGGGGCUUGUCAGCGACAGAAUCUCUGGGCAUUUGGAAGCAAGGGACAAGAUGCCUGUCCCAUGAGAUAUUUGGGGAGGGGGGGGGCUUUUGCAGGAGACGCCACCGCCCCUUCUCUCCUCCCUCUUCCAAAUUCAUCCGCGCAGACCAAGAGCCUCCAUCUGGCGAGCCACGAGGUGUGGAAGAGGGGGAGGUAGGCUGUGAUAUCAGUGAGGGUCGUGCCCAGAUAUGACUUUUGCUGGGUGGAGAGAGAGGCCCUCUUUUGCUCCAUCUCCUGAUGGACCUCUGCUCCAUCUCAUCUGGUUGGAGCUGCUUGAGGGGUCUGUGUAGCAGGAAAGCCGGGUCACCCAAAGAUUCAGCAGUAAGUUUGUCUGAGUAAGGAUCCUGGCAAGGAGAAACACAACAGGUUUUGCAGUGUCUUGUGUUUGAGACGCCACAGUAAACUGGUUCCCUUUGUGUUUUGCAGCCUCCCUUCCACUCACAAGCCGGUCUAGCAGUGGCCUCUCCCUUAAGGAAACAAUAUUGUCCGUUCAUUGUUUCGUGCGUCUUACUCAUGCUCUUUUUGAGCCUCACGAGGGGUGAAGGAUGCCCAGAAAAGCAGCUGGCAAGCUACAAAACAGAACAGCCGCCUGUUGGUGGCGUUUGGCGAAGGCUUUAUUCUGCAUAAGUUUCUCCUUUGCUGUUUGUUGUUCAAAAACUGUCUCUGAUUUUGACGGUUUUUCAAAACCGUCUCUGAUAUUUGAGGACCAGCCAUAAAAUCUGCUCUGUAUUUUGGCAGCCUUGAUCCAUGACGGCUGCUCUUGAUUGUAAACGGUGAAUGGAGGAGCGAUACACAUCUCUGUUUCACCAGGACUUUGAGAAUCCUCUUGAUAAGUUUAGUAAGUUCGCUUCUUUAUUCCUCUUGUUACGUUUUAUGUACGAUUCCCUACUGAUAGCACUGAGAGGCAUGUCUUGAGGUGGGCAGGAAAGAACGAAGCGGGUGGGUGUCGGGGUCCCGUUUUGGGGCUCAGCACGAGGGAAAGGAAUAGCAUGACCCCAGGGGUCAAGGGAGCAGAGAGCCAGUUCUGAAGGGACCAUCACCACCUCCUCCUUUUGCAAUAAACUUGGCCCUUAGGCCGCCCCCUCUGGGAACUCUGAUUUCGGGAAGAAACUGUCUCCGCCUUUUCAGCCGCCAUCUUCCCUGCCUGCCUCUUCCUUCCCUACAGCCGCGCUGCCGAGAAGGUGCGGCGGUUUUCGCACCCGGCGCUCAGGGGAAAGGGUGGCGGCCCCGCCGGCUUCCUCUUCCUUUGAAAGGCGCUUCCGGAGAGAGGAGUCGCCCCUCGCGAAUGUUUGCAGGAACUGAGGAGGCACCGAAGGAAAGUUAAUCUCCUCAGCAGCGGAGGAGGAGGGCGAGGGAGGUCAGCGAAGGAGAAAAAGCAAGGAGAGGGACGGAUCCUGCCAGGUCCUGCCUCUGCCAGCGAGGAAGGGAGGGUGUGUUUUUUUAACACACCGUGGAAUGAAGGGGACGCUGCCAGGGUCGCUUGUAAUCAGCUGAAGUUGUCAGGGUUGCCGGAGCUGUGCAGGCAAGCGGGGGGGGGGACCUUGUUCCUUUCGCUCCCCUCCCAAGGACAAAUUCAUUCCCAUGGUUGCACGUUGGGGGCCACAAUCCAAGCUUGCACUCCACGCCUACCUGACACCAAACGGCAUCUCCCAGAAUCCCCUUGCUGCUUUGCUUUUUCUUUUCUUUUCAGUUCACAGCCUAACACAGCAGAGCGCCUUUGAAUCCUCCCUGGUUCUGGAUUUCCUAGCUGCUCGUGGGUGUGGGGGUCCUCAGUAAACCGGAUAACGGGAUGUUCAGGCAACUCUGAACCUAUGGCUGCAAACUGGGGAGAAGCCAGUGUGCCAAGCUUGGCCCCCGGCCUUCCUUGCCUCUGACCGGGGCUGCUGGGCUUUGUAGUCCAGAGGGCAACACUGUGCCCACCUGUGCUGUAGUGUCCGAACAAGAUGUGACGGGGAGAAAACCAGACCUGAUUCCUCAGGUCCAGUUAAGGUCGCUCCCGUGGGCAUUAGUCCUUCUCUCCCUCUGUCUGCUAGGAAGCUUUUUUUGAGAGAUUCAAGAGGGCCACCUAGUUCACGUUGGAAUGUUAGCCAGGCAGAACUAUAAAGCAAAAAAGAAAAACAAACCGGGGGGCUUAUGGACUGCCCCCCAAGUGCUUAAAGCACUUUCAGGGGCAGCUUACAAGUGCACGAGGCAGGCGCCCCAUUGCAUGUAAGAGCUGUGCCCUCCUCCUGAAAGUAACUGUUGCCGGCUUUACCCUUGAGGUGCCCCAUUCCAUCUGUGCAGGGUGAACCAGGACGCUCAUUCCGUGCCGUACUGGCUUCCCUUUUCCUCCUGUAGCUGGUUUCCCACGUCCAUUUAUGUGUUGAUGUAUUUUACACGGUUUGGAACAAUAUGCAAAAUAAAUAAGCAACGCUGGCU